AAGUGGACGGGCACAAACCAGUUAACCACAAACCAAUAGGGGUCCUCUGGAGAGUGGAGUGGGAGUGAAAAUUCAAAACUUCUGUGUCAUCAUAACUGUUUAUUCCACUGAAGAUAAUGGGAAGUCUCCCCUCUAACACAAAGUCCCAUAUUGGUAAGUCUUUCAGGUCAAGUUCAUCCUUCUGUGUUUGUGGAAGCCAUCAUCUCAUCUUAUUUAAGCUCUGUUUUUACAGUACCCUCCAUGGAUACAUUCUUCUCUAAGUUCCACCUUAUUUAUGUACUGUUCUCUUCUGUCCUUUGUGGAAGAGUAGUAACCAUAGUAACAACUCACACAAGAAGUUCUCUUUGUUCUAUAUUGAAGCUCCAGUACUGUAGAUUUCUUGUUUCCCGAACCCCAGAAGCUUAAUGGUACCAGAACCUUUCAAGGUCUUGGUGGAUUCUUAUUUUUAGAUGGUCUAAGUUUGAGUGUAUUGAAAUUCUAAGUUUUUUGAGAGGGUAGCAUGGACACCAGUGAUCUUUACAGAGUUGCAAGUUUGAGUCGAAGUCGUAAUGGCUCUGGAAUCUGGAACACUACUAGUGAAGGUGUCUUUCCACGCUCUUCUCACGAUGAAGACGAUGAAGAAGCUCUAAUAUGGGCAGCUCUUCAGAGGCUGCCAACGUAUGAUCGUGUCAGGAAAGCUAUACUCCCUGGAACUGAUGGAGAGAAAAUGGAAGUUGAAGUUCAGAACCUCAGUCUUCAAGAAAGAAAGAAUUUGUUAGAUAGAUUAGUAAGAGUUGUAGAGGAGGACAAUGAGAAGUUCUUAUUCAAGCUCAAGGAUCGAAUGGAGAGAGUGGGAAUUAAUAAUCCAACAAUAGAAGUUCGGUAUGAACAUCUGAACGUUGGCGCAGAAGCAUACAUAGGUAGUAGAGGCAUAUCUACAAUCAUAAACUUCUCUCUCAACAUUCUAGAGGAGUUGUUCACCUCUCUUCGCAUUCUUUCAACUAGAAAGAAACCACUAUCAGUUCUUCAUGACCUUAAUGGAAUCAUCAAACCUGGGAGAAUGGCUUUGCUUUUAGGUCCACCAGGGUCUGGGAAGACCACUCUGCUGUUAGCUUUGGCAGGAAAGCUGGAUUCAGAGUUGAAGGUAUCAGGGGAAAUAACAUACAAUGGACAUGGAAUGGAAGAGUUUGUCCCACAGAGGACAUCUGCCUACAUUGGUCAAUAUGAUCUUCAUAUUGGGGAGAUGACAGUGAGAGAAACCUUGGCAUUUUCCACGAGAUGCCAAGGCGUAGGAACCCGUUAUGAUAUGUUGACAGAACUGUCCAGAAGGGAGAAGGAAGAUAAUAUUAAGCCUGAUCCAGAUAUUGAUGCUUACAUGAAGGCUGCAUCGCUGGAGGGACAAAAAGAAAAUGUUGUUACAGACUACAUUUUGAAGAUUUUGGGACUGGAAGUUUGUGCAGAUACUUUGGUCGGGGAUGAAAUGAGAAGGGGUAUCUCUGGAGGACAAAGAAAGCGUGUUACCACAGGUGAGAUGAUUGUAGGACCUGCAAAGGCCUUGUUCAUGGACGAGAUAUCCACAGGCUUGGACAGCUCCACAACUUACCAGAUUGUCAAUUCUCUGAGACAGUCCACCCAUAUUCUUGGUGGGACCACACUAAUCGCACUUCUUCAGCCAGCACCAGAAACUUAUGACCUCUUUGAUGACAUACUUCUGCUCUCUGAAGGACAGAUUGUCUACCAGGGUCCUCGCAACAAUGUGCUUGAGUUCUUUGAAUCGAUGGGCUUCAAAUGCCCCGAGAGAAAAGGGGUUGCAGACUUCUUGCAGGAAGUAACAUCAAGAAAAGAUCAAGCACAGUACUGGGUUCACAAAGAUCAGCCAUACUCCCAUGUUUCUGUCAAGGAGUUUGCAAAUGCAUUCCAGUCAUUCCAUGUUGGCCAGAAGUUACGGGAGGAACUCAGCACUCCAUUCGACAAGAGAAAGAGCCACCCAGCUGCAUUAACAAUUUCCAAGUAUGGGAUUAGCAAGAAAGAGUUGUUAAAAGCUUGCUUUUCAAGGGAAUGGUUGCUUAUGAAGAGGAACUCUUUCGUUUACAUCUUCAAAAUGGCGCAACUUAUUCUCGUAGCACUCAUCACAAUGACUGUGUUCCUGCGUACCAAUUUGAAGCAUAAUACAUUGAAUGAUGGGACAGUUUUUAUGGGCGUUUUGUUCUUCUCAAUCAACACUUUAUUGUUUAGCGGAUUCGCUGAGAUCCCAAUGACAAUUGCAAAGCUUCCAAUCUUUUACAAGCAAAGAAACCUUUUCUAUCCUUCUUGGGUGUAUGCACUGCCACCAUGGAUACUCAAGAUCCCCAUAUCAUUUAUGGAGGUUGCCAUAUGGGUAUCCAUGACUUAUUAUGUCAUUGGCUUUGAUCCAAACAUUCAAAGGAUGUUUAGACAUUAUCUUAUCCUCCUACUGAUAAAUCAGAUGGCAUCUGGACUAUUUCGGGUGGUAGCAGUGCUUGGUAGGAAGUUGGUUAUCUCAAAUACGCUUGGAGCCAUUGUGCUACUUGUGGUGAUCACGCUAGGUGGAUUCAUCCUGUCAAGAGAUGACAUGAAGAAAUGGUGGAUUUGGGGGUACUGGACUUCACCACUGACCUAUGCUCAGAAUGCACUUGCUGUCAACGAAUUCCUUGGACAUAGUUGGAACCAUAUGCAGCAGCCUAAUUCAAGUGAAACGUUGGGACUUCAAGUAUUGAAAUCUCGUGGGAACUUCACCAGUUCGUCAUGGCUUUGGAUAGGGGCUUUAGCAUUGAUUGGGUUUAUUCUUGUAUUCAAUGUCAUUUUCAUAUUAGCACUUGCUUAUCUUAACCCGAUAGGAAAAUAUCGACCAAUUAUUUCCAAAGAGGCCCUGAAAGAGAAGCAUGCCAAUAGGACUGGAGAGAUUGAUGAUGGAGGCCAAUCAUCGACAGGAAAGGGAUCAAUCAGUCAAUCAGUGGAAACCGCAGGUAAUGACAUCAAAAGGAGUGAUAUAGGUGGACGAUCAAAAGGAAUAGAGGCCCUUGAAGAUGGUUGUCAGAGAAAGAAGGGAAUGGUUCUUCCAUUUUCACCGCUUUCCAUCACCUUUGAUAAUGUUAAAUACUCUGUAGACAUGCCACAGGAGAUGAGAGCUCAAGGUGUUCCAGAUGACAGAUUGAUUCUUCUGAAGGGUGUAAGUGGUAGUUUUCGGCCAGGAGUCCUUACAGCUCUAAUGGGUGUCACUGGUGCUGGUAAGACUACUCUGAUGGAUGUGUUAGCUGGUAGGAAAACUGGUGGUUAUAUAGAAGGAAACAUCACCAUUUCUGGCUAUCCCAAGAAACAGGAAACAUUUGCUCGCAUUUCAGGAUACUGUGAACAGAAUGAUAUCCACUCCCCGCAUGUUACUGUCCACGAGUCUCUCCUCUAUUCUGCAUGGCUUCGAUUACCUGUGGAAGUUGACUCCAAUACUAGAAAGAUGUUUAUUGAGGAGGUCAUGGAACUUGUAGAGUUAAAAUCUGUAAGAGGGGCACUAGUUGGGUUGCCGGGCAUAAAUGGUCUGUCCACUGAGCAGCGCAAGAGACUCACCAUUGCUGUUGAGCUUGUCGCUAGUCCCUCUAUAAUAUUUAUGGAUGAGCCUACCUCUGGACUUGAUGCCAGGGCAGCUGCGAUUGUGAUGAGAACAGUAAGGAACACUGUGGACACAGGAAGAACUGUGGUUUGCACCAUUCACCAGCCAAGCAUUGACAUAUUUGAAUCCUUUGAUGAGCUCCUUCUAUUGAAGCAAGGAGGAGAAGAAAUAUAUGUGGGUCCACUAGGCCGUCACUCUUUUCAUCUGAUAAAAUAUUUUGAGGGUAUUCUUGGGGUCCCAAAGAUAAAAGAUGGCUAUAACCCUGCAACAUGGAUGUUGGAGGUCACUACUGCAGCGCAAGAGGAGAUUCUUGGGAUCAACUUUGCUGAAAUAUUUAAGAACUCAGAUCUCUUCCGGAGAAACAAGUCCUUGAUUAGAGAACAUAGUAUACCCGCUCCUCUUUCAAAAGAUCUUCACUUCCCCACUCAGUAUUCUCAACCCCUUCUCACCCAGUGCAUGGCAUGCUUAUGGAAACAGCACAAGUCUUACUGGAGGAAUCCAGAAUACACAGCUGUUCGACUUCUUUCCACCACCGUCAUUGCCUUGAUGUUUGGGUCAAUUUUCUGGAAUCUUGGAUCAAAAGCGACUAGGCAACAAGAUUUGUUCAAUGCAAUGGGUUCUAUGUAUGCUGCAGUUCUUUUCAUAGGAAUUCAAAAUGCUGCAUCAGUGCAACCAGUGGUGGAUGUGGAGCGUACUGUCUUCUACAGGGAGAGGGCUGCUGGGAUGUACUCUGCUUUACCAUAUGCAUUGGCACAAGUUUUAAUUGAGAUUCCACACAUCUUCAUUCAGACUCUGAUCUAUGGGGUGCUAGUUUAUGCCAUGAUUGAUUUUGAUUGGACAGCAUCAAAGUUCAUCUGGUACUUGUUCUACAUGUACUUCACAUUCUUAUAUUUCACAUAUUACGGGAUGAUGGCAGUUGGUUUGACACCCAACCACGCCAUAGCUAGUAUAGUUUCUGCUGCUUUCUACACGCUUUGGAAUCUCUUUGCAGGCUUCAUCAUUCCACCACCAAGAAUUCCUGCAUGGUGGAGAUGGUACCAUUGGGCAUGCCCAGUUUGGUGGAGCCUGUAUGGACUUCUUACUUCACAGUUUGGAGACAUUGAGACCCAAAUGGACACAAGCAUAAGUGUGAAGGACUUCUUAGACGAUUACUUUGGAUUCAAAUAUGACUCAUUGGGCUGGAUAUUUGCAGGCAUUGUUGGGUAUACCGUGCUCUUUGCAUUUGUAUUUGCCAUCUCAAUUAAGGUACUUAACUUCCAAAGAAGAUGAAGAUGCCAUCUUCUUGAUUAGUCAGCCAGCUGAAGUGGAGCUUUCGACAUGAGAUCAUAUGCUACCAGGAAACUUAGCUAUAUACUGUUGUCUGCAAUUUAGCCCAAGAAGCUGUCAGAUCAGUUUAAGACAUGGUUUAUCAAUGCAGCUUGUGGUCUAAAUUUAACACUAGAUUACUGAUUGCUCCCUUUUAUCUGUAGAGAUGAUUAUUUUGGAUUAUGAACACUUCCACAUUAGGUUGGCUUGGCAGUGAAUGUAAUGUUUUGAGUAGUGAUCUUUGUCAUAAUGCUAAA